AUGGGGGUUGGCGCUUCGACAGUGACACCCAACCAAGCAUUGUCACUCACUGACUCUGCAGCCACUCAACAAAAGACUGAGAAGUAUCAUAACAACAUUGAGAAGAGAGGAAAGGUUGAGGUCAAGAAGAAGGACAGUCUUCCAAUCAACCCAUACGUCCUGGCCUUCAUUGUCUUUGUCGUCGUUGGUUCAUCUCUCUUGCAAAUCUUCAGAGGUCAAUAA